GACACAGGUGUGCGAGGUGGCUGUUGCCACCCACCAAGAGGCAUUCAGGAACCACCUCCCGGAAGCCUGAUCAGCCACUCAGAAUGUCGGUGAUCCUUGCAGCUGCGUUUAACAUCCUGUCCAGUGUGAGUAUCAUCUUGGUAAACAAACAACUUGCUUCAGCAUGUGGCUUCGACUUCAUUCUUACGAUGCUUUUUCUCAACUUCCUGACCACUGCGUCUUUGCUUGAAUGCCUAGCGAAGCUUCGCUGGUUCGAGAAGAAGCACUUGCCAAAUAGAGAUCGAUGGAUCGUUGCAGGCAUGGCGCUCAGCACGGUCCUACUCAACAAUUGCAGCAACGAGGCCAAUAGUGUUGGCUUUUACCAAAUUACCAAGCUGCUCAUCAUUCCAACUGUUAUGGGGCUUGAGCGACUACAAGGGCGGCAUGUAGUCUAUACUGAUCGGGUGAUCCUCAGCAUUGUGGUGACUGGUAUUGGGGUUGCCCUCGCUACGGUGUCUGAUUUCGAGGUCAAUGUUCGCGGCAGCAUUCUGGCUCUCAUGUCCAUCAUUAGCACGGCGCAGUACCAGAUCUGGCAGGGCUCAAAGCAGCACGAGCACGGAGUGACUGCGACGCAAAUCACAUACUCUGUGGCUUGGCCACAAUCCCUGGCUGGCAUGGUGUGUUCCCUGCUGGCAGACGUUUGGGUUCCUCAGGUGAAGGCGCUCUUCCUGAUGAGACCUUCAAGUUUGCUGGAGCACAAGCUCUCAGACAAAGGCGACCUCUAUUGGAUUGCACUCUGCAAUAUCCUGGCAGUGUGUACCAAUAUCUCGGUCUAUGGGCUGAUCGGCAAAACAUCUCCAGUAACAUACCAGGUCAUUGGCCAAUUGAAGACUGUCCUUGUUGUAGCCUUUGGCUACGUCUUCUUUGAUGUCCGGGUACCGCUUCGGUGGCUGCACCCCUCGGCUGGCUUACAACGCGGCGAUUGACAAAAUGAGCACUCACAUUCACAUCAUGCCAGGCUAUUGCGCCUCGCUGGUGUGGCCGUUGCCAUUGUGGGUGUGAUCAGUUACGCGAUUACCAAAAAUAUUGAAACUAAGACAAAGAAGUCUUAAAACA